AUCUUUUGACAAAUUUUUUUUUUUAAUUUUCAUGACAAUACAUGUUUGUCAUCUUGGAGCAUUAUGGGCAGCCAGUCACUCUCAUGUGUAUGUAGAGUAUGUAAGUUUCCAAUGGGCCAGUAUUUUAUAUAUUAUAAUUGCAUAGAACCUUCAACUACUCAUAUUAUUGAAUUAUAUUUAAUUGAGGCCAAGUCGCUGGUCAGCUAGCAUGGGAACAUAAAAUAUUCGACAACUGAAUUGCUGAUCAAGAAAUAUUGCCAUUUUCUUGGUUACAUUUAAUAUACACAUAUUUUAAACAAUUUUCCCAUCUAUAAAAGAAGGCAAGAAAUCAACAGUGAAAACCCAAGACGAAAAGUAGUAAAAGCCAAAGAAACAUAUAAGUUGUGAGAUGGCAGAAUUGAAGUUGCUCGGUGUUUCAUUGAGUCCUUUUAGUCGAAGAGUUGAGUGGGCUUUGAAGAUUAAGGGAGUUGAAUAUGAAUUUGUAGAAGAAGAACUACAAAACAAGAGCCCCCUGCUUCUUGAAUCCAAUCCAAUUCACAAGAAAAUUCCCGUGUUAAUUCACAAUGGAAAGCCUAUUUGUGAGUCUAUGAUAAUUGUUGAAUACAUUGAUGAGACAUUUGAAGGGCCUUUCAUAUUGCCGAAAGAUCCGUAUGAUCGAGCUAUAGCUCGGUUCUGGGCUAAGUUCUUUGAUGAGAAGUGCAUGCCAGUAAUGGGGAAAGCUUUGUUCGGUAGCGGAGAGGAGUCAGACAAAGCUAAAGAGGAGCUUGGUGAGCUAAUAAAGAUUCUUGAAAAUGAGCUAAAGGAUAAAAAAUUCUUUGUUGGUGACAAAUUUGGAUUUGCUGAUAUGGCUGGAAAUUUAAUGGCAUAUUGGAUGGCAAUUGUUGAAGAAGCCUCUGGAAAUGUUUUUGUUACAAGUGAAAAGUUUCCAAUUUUUUGUGCUUGGAGAGAUGAGUAUGCUAAUUGUAGCCCAAUUAAGGAACAUUUUCCUCCAAGAGAGGCACUUCUUGCACAUUUCAAUGCUCGUUUUCAAGCUGCAGCUGCUGCAUCUGCCUCCAAAUAAUUAAAUACCUUUUACUUAGUGAAAUUUGUGUUUGUGUGGCAAUAAAUUUAACUACUACCUAUUAAGAAAAGUAGCAGCUUUAUCCAACUUUACACAUAGUAGGUAGUGUCUUGUCUUUUUGUUUCGCUAGCUAAUUUGUCAAUUUAUGCAUGUGAGUUGUAAUUUAUUCCUACUGUUAAAUGAUAAGAGUCAUCUUUUUGUCCUCA